CUUGAAAGGCACACGCAUCACGUGACACCGGAUGAUAUGGCUAUUCAAUACAAUAGCCUGUCAAAGUAUAGCAAACAUGCGUUUGAUGGUGUUGACACUAUCGAUUAAUAUGUGCUCAAGUGUCUCAGCGCCGUGCGGAAGACACCAAGCUAUUGGAGUCGUAAUAUGCGUAAUCCUCGUUGUCCGCCACCACAAACGUCUUAAUCCUUGGAGCGAGGACAAUCAGCACAGGGCUCACCGGGGCCAAACUGUUCAAAUCGCACCUGAUGCACUUGGUUGCUCCUCUACCCCUUCCACGAACCCAUACGUAUGGUCUCCUCCGAGCUCGUAGCGCAGAGCAGCUGCAGAAACACAGGUUGAUACCUGACUGUAUAGUACUGGC